UCAAACCAACGCGCCAAGACAGUCAGCAUCCUCCGAACUGACCAACGUCAGCUCGGCACCCGUCUGCCAAGUGCGGAGAUAGAGCACCAGUAAGGCAUCGAGGUGCGUGCUGCGUACCCCGACGACACUCGAGCCACCGGCGGCCGAAGACGGAAUUUGAUCUUUCGAGCCAAUCGGCACCAGGCCUCUCCUCCACCGACCGCGGCCUUCAGCGCAAGCUUUGGCACACUCUCUUUCCCACACGCAUCACCAGCGCACGACCGGCAGAUAUGUCGUUGGCGGCCACAGCGCACCACUUUGUUGGUCGUCUGAACUCGCGCAGGCGGACCGACGUAGAGACACAGGCCGCCGAAGAAGGGAGCGGCACUGCGAAUGAUUAUGGCGGCGGCGGCGGCGGUGAUGGCGGCGGACAUCAUGCGCGAGAAGCCAGCGGUCGCUCUGUGCUGAGCAACAUUUCAGACCGAUUUGCGUCAAUGCGGCAGCGAGAGCGAGAGAGCGACAUGUUCCGGGUCCAGAAUCGAAUCGAGAGGUCCACAGCGACAGCAACCGCCAGAGGCGACAUCGAGGCAGGAGCGCUGCCGGCCACAGAAGCGCAAGGAGGUGCAAGCGCAACCGCACCCGCAGCAGGCGCCACCACUGUCGCAGCGGCUCCCACGACGGGAACAAAGAGCCGGCGGGAAAAGGAAGAAGGCGCGACGCUGUUCGGUCCCAAUCUAGCAAACUACUUUGGCACCGGGAGCAGCUCCAGCGGCGCCGUAGCAGGCCUCGGUCUCGGUGGCGCUGGCACCUCGACCCAGCCUGGAGCAGGCCCCGUCAAUGGCACUACUUCGCCACUGGCUCCUGCCGUCCCCACCUCUCCCAUUUCUCCCGGUCCCAACGAUGGGACGUGGGGACUUCGGGGACGGACUCGGCUGGGGAGCCGAGGCCGGGCUCGCGGCGCUAGCCUGAGCGGGCUGAGCAACCUGUCGCUGCCGCUUGAAGCCGACGAGUCGGUCGCCUCGCUUCCUCAGCAGGUUGCUGCCGAUCUGCCCAACGAACAAUUGGCCAUGGCCGAGGGCAUCGAGAUCAGCACGCUGCGGAGGUGGAUCGAGAGGAGCACCGUGGGUGGUGCAGUCGAGAUUGCAGGCCCAGAUGGUGCUUCGUCGGUCAAGGGAGAGCUGGGCAACCCGCCCACGCUGUGCUCGACACUGCAGAGCUACGUCAAUCUGAAGCGUAACACCGUCAGGCUCAACCUUGUAUCGGCAGAGCAGCAGCAAGCGGUCCUCCAGAACAGGCGGUUGCAAGCAGCCACCGAUGCUAGUGCCUCGUCUCCCGUCCUCGAGUCGCCGUUGGCUCUGCGAUCGGUGACCUCGUUUGGCACCUUUGCCCAGAGCUCGAGGGCCACCAGUAUCCCACCCCCGACGCACUCGCUGCAGUUUGAGUAUGACUGCGCUGCGCCCCUCGCCACGAUUCAGGUCUUUGUUCGUGCUUCGCGCAAGCACGGAACCUGGCUCAACUGGAUUGCGAUGCGCGAGGCGCAGGGCCUGGCAACUGACCUGACGCUGGACGGCGCCGACGAGGACAAGUACCUUGCUCAGCGAGGGCCACCGCCACACGUCCUCGGCUGGCCCGUACACUCGGCAAAGAUCAGGAGAGGCUUCGGCAAGCCCCUCGUCGCCAACCUGCCUCUGCACAUCGACUACUUUGCCCCUCCAAAGCCUGCAGUCAGCAAGGAUACAAAGAAGGAUGGGCCCGCCGUGCCUGAGACGCCUGGCCUCCGCGAAGAGGCGCCCGCGGCACCUCCUCUGACUCCCGUCACGCCUGGUGUGGCCGAUCCCCUCGCCGCUGCCACCAUCCCGGCCGAGGAGACAAAGGAGGAAAAGGCGGCGCGGGAAAAGGCAGAGCGCGAGACGCUCAAGAUGGCCAUUGUGGUGGAAGCACUCGACGAAGAGGGAAAGACGCUCAAGGAGCCCAACCUGCAGAUGACCUACCUCCGUCUCUCGUCGCUGCCAGUCCGGAGCACGAUGCAAGAGACUAUGCAGCAUGCCAACGAGGAAGCUGGACCGGGUGUGCGCGAUGGCGAUGCAGUCCAGGACAUUGCUCCAGUGGCGACCGAGGCCCAUCCCGACGGGAAAGGCGACGAGGAGGAGCAGCUGAAGCAGGACGAGCAGAGGCAGCAAGAGGUCAAGCGAGUGUGGUCCAUUCAGGUGGAAGGCCAAGAGGCAGAGAUUGGGCCCCAUCGUUUCCAGCUCCAGGAGCUCUACGGUCUCUCGUCACGUCCGCCACCCGUUCGCUCCCCCGAGGACGACGAUGGUGAACAUGAAAACGAGAACGAGGAGGGAGGAGCUACACAGCAGACGGCUGCCACGCCCGUCGUGGACUUUGAGGGUAGUAGUGGGGGCGAGUGUCUCAUCUGCCUGAGCUCGCCACCCACGACGCUGCUCCUGCCGUGUACCCAUGGCUUGUGCCUCGAGUGUGCAGUACAGCUCAGUGACAGCGUCAAGGCAACACGAGAGGGAGAGCGACGGAGGGGUAAGAAGCCGAGGCGCAAGUAUGCCUGUCCCGUUUGUCGAAGGCCAUACACCAACAUGCUGCAUCUCUCACCGGCCGACGAAAAGGCCGUCGCGCAGGCGGCCGCAGCUGUCGUUUGACCACCAUCCCCUCUUGUCUUAUUCACUUGCUGUCGAUAUCAUUUACCCAUUCUAUUCCGUCGUUUGAAUACCCCUACAUGUAGCUUCGUUGUGCUCAAUGCUCCCCCUGUUUUUACCGUCGAACCAAGCUCGAUCCUCUGAGUCGGUUCGUCUGCUUCGUAUUCGCUUGUCGACGCUGACACUGAACUCGCGCUUAUAGAAGCGCACGACAAGUCGCACGGGG